GGAGGGAGGUGGAUGCGCUGGUUCGGGAAGGGUUUCUGACGGCGGUUAAUGAGGAUGGUGGUGGAGGGGGAGCGGGUGGGAGGGGCCACCAUGCGCGCCCGGAGGAGAGGUCUACGAUGGUCAGUCUGGAAACGGUGGCGCGCGCACCGGCCGGGUCGGUUGCAGCUGUGGGGGGCGCAGGCGCGGUGCACGCGGUGGGCGGCACCGGGGCGAGGAGUAUGGACCGAGCCGGGGCCGGGGCCUCAUCUGGGGGAGGGUUCAGCGUUGCUGUCCCCGGGACCGGCGUGUUUCUGAAACUGGCGUCGGCCGCGCUGGAACAUCUCGCGGAACUGCUACAGAAGACUCAGUACCGGGAAAUGCCCGAAUCAGAUCUGCGUGAGAAGUGGGACGGUGGCGUCGUGGGGGAUAGCGAGGUCGCCCAGGCGAAGAAGGCGCGUGGAGAGUUCACGGGGGCCGUGCCGGGGAGGACCAAGAAGUGGAAGGAGUUUCAAGGGUUGGCGUUUGACUGGGUGCUGCGGGAAGCGGUCGGUGCCGGUCUGGUCGAGAUCUUUGAGACGGGGUGUGUAGGACGCGGUGUGCGCUUGAUCUGACCGGCUGCGCUGCCGGAUCCUGCCACGGUGCCCGGCUGCGCCGAAGGGCCGUUAGAAGAUGGUCAGCAAGACGCCUGGCGCUGGCCGGGCAGUCCUUGCCAUGAUGAUGCACCAGAUGGCCCCAGCCAGUGGGCAGAGCAAGUCUCUAAAACUUGCACUCGGAAGGACCUGGGUCCAAUGCCGUGGCUUCGCGAUGAAGCGUCAGUCGUCUGAAUCCAAAGCCCGUGC